AACCCUAGUUACAUCUGGUGUAUCGGUUUCUGUCUCCUUUCAUAUUACACAGGCCCUGUUCCUCUGUGUGUUUUUAUUUUGAAGGAGGGGCCUAAAAACAACCAUUAGGGUUUUAGAAAAUCCUUAGGGUUUUUGAGAGGUGAAAAAACUUUCGAAAAACGAAAAUGGUGGCAGACAAAGGCAAGAAAUUGAAGACAGAAAAUAAUGAUGAAGAGAAUGCCGAACAGAUCGAUGGUGACCUUGUGCUCUCCAUCGAAAAACUUCAGGAAAUCCAAGAUGAACUUGAAAAGAUCAAUGAAAAAGCUAGUGAUGAAGUUUUAGAGGUGGAGAAAAAGUAUAAUGAGGUUCGCAAACCUGUUUAUGAAAAGAGAAAUGACAUAAUCAAGUCUAUUCCUGACUUUUGGUUGACUGCAUUUCUUAGUCAUCCUGCUCUUAGUGAACUUAUAACCGAAGAAGAUCACAAGAUUUUCAAGCAUCUAACAUCUAUUGAGGUUGAAGAUUCUAAAGAUGUCAAAUCGGGAUACACCAUUACUUUUAAUUUCAGUCCCAAUCCCUUUUUUGAAGAUGCAAAGCUUACGAAGACAUUCACAUUUCUAGAUGAAGGAACGACAAAAGUCAGCGCUACUUCUAUUAGGUGGAAAGAGGGCAUGGGAAUUCCAAAUGGUGUAGAAAACGAAAAGAAAGGAAAAAAGAGAGCUCAUCUUGAAGAAAGCUUUUUCAACUGGUUCAGUGAAUCACAGCAAAAUGAUGAUGAUAUCCAUGAUGAGGUAGCUGAAAUCAUCAAGGAGGAUCUGUGGCCUAACCCACUCACAUACUUCAACAAUGAGGCUGAUGAAGAAGAUUUUGAGGUGGAAGACGAUGAUGAAGAGGAAAAGGAAGGGUCUGAAGACGACGAUGAUGACGAUGAAGAUGAUGACGGAGAAGAAGAGUAAAUUUGCAAGUUGGUUUUGCUAUGUCAUCUUGGAUUCCUAUAUCUUCGGGUUUUUUUUUUUAUUUGUAAAGCAGAUCUUUAGUUUGAGAAGGUUGUUGAAUUAUAUUAUAGGCUAAGUGAGAAGGAAUAUUUGUGGAUUUUGCUUUGUGUUAGGACUUUGCUCAAGCUAAAAAAUAGGAAUCCGAUUAUUACUACAUGUGCGGUAUUUAGCUCUUUAAUCAAUAUGUUCGUAAUCAUAAUAUAUAUGCAAGGUUUUCAUGA